AUGACAUGGACGAAGGAUAACCACCGGUUUAAAGAAUCAUACACCCAAAGUCCAUCACUAACCAUUGUUCAGGCACUUCUAAUCUCCGCCCAGCGGCAGAAAAUUACAACAGUUUUAGGCGUGUUGUCGAUCUAUUGUGUGCAAAAAUCGGGAAAUUUCUUGGCGUUCCUCGGAUCUUUUUUUCCCCCACCAAAAUUGUAUAGGAGAUCAGAAUCUUAA